ACCGGAUGUAAUCAGAGCGCCAUCUUGAACACAAAGAGCAGAUCACCAUCCGAACUUUAGUCUCUGACUCUUUGUCCCGCAUAGUCAGAACCAGCGGAACCGGACUGUGACCGGAUCAGGACCUGGCGGGAGAUGGAGCUGUUUGUUAUUCAGGUGGAUCUGAUCCUGGAGGCGGGUCUUGAGUCCGCAGUGUGUGAGCUCCAUCCUGUGGGGGGGGGCGGUCCUGAGAGGGAUCAGCUGACUGCCGUCCUCCAGCUGAUGACCAGAGAGGCGCUGCGUAAAAUCAGCCGAGUCUUCAGAGAGCUCUACAUCAGCCUGGAGACAGAAAACAAAACUCUGAAGGACAAAGUGCAUCAUCUGGAGUCUGACCUGAGAUCAAAGGGCGAGAAGACGGUUUAUAAGAUCAAACCAUCAGAUGGACCUGCCCUCUCACUGGACAUCAAUCAAUCAGCAGUGAACCCUACAGCGCUUGCCUUGGCGAUCCUCUCUUCCUCCAAACAGCAAGCAAGCAGUGCUGAGGUUCCUCUGGUCAUCGUCAGCCAGCCACUGCCUCGACCAAUCACAGGCCCAAGCCCCGCCCCCCAGGACCUGAAGACGCAGACGGACCUGCAGACAGACCUGCAGACGCAGACAGCCCUGCAGUCAGGUCUGCAGACACAGACUGACAUGCAGAUGCAGAAAGACCUGCAAAUAGACCUGCAGACAGGCCUGCAGAUGGAGGUGGUGUUAGAAAUGUUCUCCACACAUCCUGAAGAAUCACCUGCAGGCGUUACAUCACUUCCAACUUCUGAUGGUCAGCAAAUCAGUGAGCCCUCAGGGGAACCAAUGACACACCUGACAACUGAGGACCAGAAUGUUGUUGUCGAAACUGACAUAAAGAUAGAAACGACUGGAGAGGCUGACAGUCAACCAGCGGUAAGCCCGGAGCAGCAGAAGGAGACGGACAGGAGGAAGAGGCGGGAGCUGUACAAGGAGAAGAGGUUUUUCUGUGAGUUGUGUAACAAAGGCUUCCACCAGCAGCACCAGCUGAAGAAGCAUGUUUCCUGCCACCUGAAGCCGUUCCCCUGCAGCUCCUGUGAUAAAGGCUUCUACAAAGCCCGCAGUCUGCAAAAACACGAGCAGAGCCACGAGCUGCAGGCGGCGCAGGAGAGCGACCCGGAGAAGCUGCUGCACUGCUACCCCUGCGGCAGGAAGUUCCGGCUGCCUCGGCAGCUGCGCGCUCACCAGGCGUCACAGCACCGGCAGGAGCUGCUGCAAUGUGGCAUCUGUCCGCGCAGCUUCACCUCAGCCGCAUCGCUGCGAUACCACCAAGUCUCGCAUGCUGCCGUCAAGCCCUUCAUGUGCGAUGUCUGUGGAAAAGGCUUCACCAGGAAGAAGAGUCUUCGCGAGCAUCAGACGGUGCACAGCGGCGCCCGACCCUACUCCUGCGCCACCUGCGGGAAGAGCUUCUCCACUGCCAGCAACCUGCGCGUCCACAAGAGGUCGCAUUCAGAAGAGCGGCCGUACAAGUGCCUCGAGUGCGACAAGGCCUUCAAGUGCAGGAUGGGUCUGCUGCAGCACCGCCUGGUUCACACCGGAGAGAAACCCUUUACAUGUCCAACCUGCGGGCUCAGCUUCGGACUCAAGUACAACUUCCAGAGACACCUGCGCCUGCACAACGGGGAGAAACCCUUCAGGUGUGAGAAGUGUGGAGAAGGUUUUUCUGGAACAUGGGCCCUGAAGACCCACAUGCUUGUCCAUGGCGUAGAGAAGCCCUUCAUGUGUGACCUGUGUGGAAAGACCUUCUUCUAUAACUGCCAGCUGCAGAAGCACCAGCAGCUGGUCCACGUGGAUAAGGAUCGUCGGGGGGGCAGUGCGGCAGGGAGGCGGCAUCCGGCGGCUGAGAAACCAUUCGUCUGUAAAGUCUGUCUGAAGAGCUUCAGCAGCGCCGCCACACUCAGGACUCAUGAGAAGAGCCACGCCGAGAACAAGGAAUUCAGCUGUGACACCUGCGGGAAGACCUUCCACCUGAGACACCUGUACCUGUACCACCUGAGGACGCACAGCGGCGAGCGGCCUCACAUCUGCGCUGUAUGCAGCAAAGGCUUCCUGCUGCAGUCGCAGUUGAAGCAGCACGAGUUGCUGCACACAGGUGUUAAGCCGCACCAGUGCCAGCAGUGCGGGAAGGAGUUCCGGACCCCGCAGAACUACCAUCGUCACCUUCUGGUUCACAGCGGAGAGAAGCCGUACGAGUGCGGCGUCUGCAGCAGGAAGUUCAGGCAGUCCAACCAGCUGAAGUCUCACAUGCAGAUCCAUACCGGCGUGAAGCUGUACUCCUGCCAGCGCUGCGGACUCGGUUUCUCUGACUCACGGCAGCUAAAGAAGCACCGCUGUGGAGAUGAACUCCAGGGGGGGCGGCGCCGCAAACCGAAGGACGGAUUUCCUUGGAGUGAGGGCUUCCCCAACUAGUCUAGGGUUAGCAUAAGGACGGCUUCUCCUGGGGCGAGGGCUUCAACAGCUAGCCUAUCUUACCAUCUCUGUCUCAACACUUUCUCCUUUAUUUUUUAUAUGAAAACCAGACUUUAUGAUGGAAACAAAGAACAGAUAUAGUUUGUAGUUUUUUAUGAUCAUUAUUCUGUGUAGAAAAUAAAAUCUGAAACCAGA